AACAUAGAAUAGUAAUUAAAAACCGUGUGUUCGGAGACGUCCCCCUUACGGCCCAACCGGUUCACGGCAUAGAAGAAGCAAAGAUUCGGGAGGUUCAUGUCUGAUUCAUUAGUCAUGAUCUAUUGUAGCAGGUCGAAGACUGCGUAUGCCUUUUGGUUUCUAUGUCUUCCUCUUUCUCCCUCUCUCAUUUGUCUUCCUCUCUUCUCUUCCCCUCACGUUCCCUCUCCUCCAUCACGACAUGCAAGCUUAUUAGCGGCAAGGCUUGUAUCGUUUAAAACCAGAACAGGCAAAAAAAAAAAAAAACAGGAGGGGAUAUCUCCAAUAUGGGAAGGAGGCCGCGCCAUGCCCCCUCGCCGGCGCAGGUUACGCAGCCAGGCUGGAUUCUCUCUCCUCUUUCUUUCUUAACAAAAAAAACUUUAACUUUUUGGGCGCAAAUAGCAGACAGGCUCGUCCCCCGAGGGGAGCAGAAGCUGGAUAUCUCGGCGGGUUUUCCCAUCGUUCUCUGACGGAUAAGUCCGCUUC